AUGCUGGGUCGUCGUUUGCAGAGUCACGAGCUUAUACCAUACGACCCUGAACUAGAGAACACACUUUGCUAUCUCUGUCGAGAUAAAAUUAAGCAAGAUACACUUCCAAUCAAGAUGGGAGACGAGUUGCCGUCUUGCAUUGCAUACCCAGCCACUACAACCACCUUUGAGAUCAAGAGUGGCACCAUUCACCUUUUGCCACAAUUCUAUGGCAAGGCUGGGGAUGAUCCUCACAUACAUAUCAAGGAUUUCUUUGCCGUGUGCGCGAUGAUGCACAAUGGAGGGAUUAGUGAUGAGGCAAUCAGAUUGCGUUUGUUUCCAUUCUCACUCAAGGAACGAGCCAAGGAGUGGCUCUAUUUUUUGCCUAGUGCAUCUAUCACCACAUGGACAACAUUGGCUUCCAAGUUCCUUGCAAAGUUCUUUCCAGCUCAAAAGACAAACCAUAUUGGGAAGGAGAUCAUGGGAGUGCAGCAACUAGAUGGAGAAUCAUUUCAUGAGUAUUGGGAUUGGUUUCAGAGACUCCUAGCUUCUUGCCCUCAUCACCAAAUUGAAGAUUGGCUACUUAUGCAAUACUUUUAUGAGGGAUUACUUGAUUCGGAGAGGAUGAUGGUUGAUGCUACUAGUGGAGGAGGCUUGAUGAACAAGAGUGCUACUCAAGCUAAGGAGAUGUUUGAGAACAUUGCAGCAAACUCUCAACAAUUUAAUUACCGGAGAGCUCCCCCAAAGAAAGCAGGCAUUUAUGAGGUAAGUGCUAGUGAUAUUGGUCCUCAAAUAGCUAAUUUGACUAACCUUGUUAAGCAGUUAAUCCCUCAAGCACAAGUGUGUGUCGUGUGUGCUAAUCCCGGACAUCCUACGGAGUCUUGUCCAAGUUUGUAUGGUGAUGGAGAAGAGAUGGCUCAAGCACACUAUAUGCAGCAACAAAAGCCAAAAACGAUCCAUUUUCUAACACCUAUAAUCCGGGAUAGCGGCAACACCCUAACUUUGGAUGGAAGAACAACCAAAAUGUGCAAACAGCCUUGGUUCAACAAAAUCAGUUUGUUCCUCAACAAAAUGCACCACCACCUCAUGGGCAAGGAAACAAGGCAAACACAUGCACAAAUGUCUACAGCAAUCAAGAGCCUUGAAAACCAAGUUGGACAAAUUGCAGCCUCCUUGAGUCAAAGAGAGCCAGGAAAGCUUCCAAGCCAAGUACUUCCAAAUCCUAAUGGAGGCCAUGAAACCAUAAAUGCGAUUACUCUUCGAAGUGGAAAAGAGGUGGAAAAGGAUGACAAUGAGGAGAGAAAUUCAACCAAAACAGUGGUUGCCCCCUCUCCCAAGUUUACGGUUCCAAGUGACAACUUUAAGAUAAGUUCUCUUGUGAAUUAUUCGAUUACUUCACAAGUUCCUUUUCCUUGUAGUUUGUAUUUCUCUCUAAACCUGGUUUCGAAAUCUCAAAGUAAGGAGGCUCAAGCGUCAAAAGGUCAAGGCAAGGACAUUGCAGUUUCAAAGGCACAAAUGGGUGAAGCCAAAUCUGUUCCAAGCAAUCCCGCAAAGAAGAUGAGAUUUACUUCAUCCUCCGAGAAUGACCCAAGCUCUGCAACAUUUGAUGAAGUGACAAAAUCGACUCGCGGUAUCAACACAAUGAGCUGUGUUGUGAAGAGGAAAAUCCAGAAAAUUAAACCUAUGGUUGAGUGCAAUAAAAGUGGCAGACCACAUGACAAGUCUACUAUUGAGAUGCAGAGUUACAUUGGUGUUUUGGUACGCACCAGAGUCCCUCUUGCGGACAAGAAAUAG